AUGGCUGUGAGUGUCGAAGCUAAAUACGCAAUAGUCUCCGUUAGCCUUAGAGUUCUCCAGAGCAACUUGAUUAAGUUCAUCCCUAACCUACCUGAAUGGAAAAGGCGAGCGGUGAACGAAUUCGACAUGGGAGACUUCACCAAGAUAUUCAUGAAAUUCCUGCGCAAGUUCUGGCCGAGUGAUCAAUCCGACUUCACCAAGAUAUUCAUAAUUAACCUAUGGCUAUUUACAAUAUGA